UUGAAGAAGAAGAAGAAGAAGAAGAAGAAGGUUAGUUAAAUAGAUAUAUGGCACCAAUGACUUUGCCUCCUGGAUUUAGAUUCCACCCCACUGAUGAAGAGCUCAUUAUAUACUACCUGAAAAGGAAGAUCAAUGGAGUUAAUAUUGAGUUGGAGAUCAUUCCUGAAGUUGAUCUCUAUAAAUGUGAACCAUGGGACUUACCAGAGAAAUCCUUCUUGCCAAGCAAGGACUUAGAAUGGUAUUUCUUCAGUCCCCGGGAUAGAAAAUACCCGAAUGGAUCAAGAACAAAUCGAGCUACUCAUGCAGGCUAUUGGAAGGCCACCGGAAAAGACCGAAGAAUAUGCUCUCAAAAACAAGCAGUAGGAGUGAAGAAAACCCUAGUUUAUUACCGAGGACGAGCCCCUCAUGGUGGUCGAACCGAUUGGGUCAUGCAUGAAUAUCGUCUCGAUGAGAAAGAAUGUGAAACCGGCUCAGCUUUACAUGAUGCAUAUGCACUAUGCCGCAUAUUUAAGAAGAAUGCAUUAGGCCCAAAGAUUGUAACACAUUAUGGAGCUAAUAAUUCUCAUGAUCAACAACACUCACAGUGGAUUACACUUGAUCCUUCACCUCCUAAUAAAAGCAGAGAUGAAGAGUUGGCAUUCAGUAGCAAUCCUCUCCAAGAUGACAACACAUGGCGCUUUCAAGAAUCUUUUCUACCGUCUGAGGUUGAUGUUGCACUGGAGUGUGCAAAGCUGCAACACAGGCUUGCAUUGCCACCAUUGGAAGUGGAGGACUUCCCUCAAGUUGAUCUUAUGGAGUUUAAGACUGCAAAUGAUGGAUUGUUUAAAGAGAUCCUUUCAGUUGCUUCUGCAUCUCAGGAACUGCUGAUCAAUAACUCCAUAUGUCAAGACUUGGAGUUUGAUGAUCAGUUUGGUUCAGUUUGUGAUGGUGUUGGUGAGUACUCAAAGUUGAUAGAGAUGAGUGAAUUAGAGGAUGAGUUUACGGAGUUUAGUGGGAUUAGAACUUUGGAUCAUGAUGCAGUAUUUGAGAUAGGUUUCGAGCAUGAGGAAAAACAAAGGAGUAGAAGAUGAUUAUUAAUUAUAUGGUAUGCAGAGAUGAGUUACAGUAUAUGAUUUUCAAAAAUGGGAAGUGAAAGAACCCAGAGUAUAUUUCUGAUGAGAAAUGGAUGUAGAGUUC